UCAUGGUUGUUAUAUUACACGAUCAACUACGAGGUGAUGAUGAUUGCAGAUACAAAAACGAUGGCGUUCUCUUUCAAUAUAAAAUGGCGUUCAUUUUUGCUGUUAACCGGAAGGUGGCGUUAGUGUACCACUUUGUACCCACAAUCCUCCUCUGUACGCAUGCGCUGUUUCAUUCUGAAAUUUGGCGAGCUAGGGAAAUGGCGGACCCGGGGUCCAUCGACGAUUUCUUGUCUUCAGAGAUUGAUGAAAAUGCGGUAAACGCGUUAGUUGGAUCCCUUGAAACACAGCUAGCCUCCCCAGCCAGCACGCAAGCCACAAAAACUCUGUCAGAUUCAUCGUACAACAACAAUCAUAUAGGUAAUACGACAUCAACAGUCAAUGCUUCCUCACGUCCACUUUACCUUGCAAACCAAACAGUAGCCCAAAAAGGACUACCAGUUUCGAAUAAUACCACGAUGAAUUCUCAUGUAUCUGUUUCAACUCCCAAACUUUCAGGGUCAGAUAUCUUAGGCAUAUCAUCUAUUAUUAAUUCAUCUAGCACGCCAGUUUGCAGUGGCAGCGUAUCUCAUGUGAAUGUAAACACACCCUCAGUUGGUACCAAUGGUAGAAAUGCUGAGGGUCAGAAAAAGAACAUCACCCCAACUAUUAGAAUUGUAACAAGUACAUCUGUUGCGACCACCAAUACAACUCAGUUCAUUACAACUGUUGGUAGUGGAGUAAGUCAAACUGUUGUGCCCGCGUUAGCAACAAACAAUGUACAUGUGCAUGGUAGCACCAUGGGUGCAGUAACAAGGACCAGUUCCAGUGCUGCCAGCAACACAAUUUUUAAUCUGGCAAACACAAUUGCAGCAGAGCAGAAACCUGUAACUGUUGUGCAUAAUGGCAGUGCGCAUUCUAUUCAGGUUUGUAAAGACCGUGCCAUAAUACCACAACAGCAGUUUAUCAUCAAGCAAGAGGGGAAUUCAACAGCAAAACAAGAAGGAACAACCAACCAGCCAUUCAUUGUAAAAUCAGAAACGGGAACCACAACAGUGCAUCUUAAGCAAGAAGGAACAGCUAUUACACCUGUUGGAAUGCAGGGAUCUUCCCCAGUGAGUGUUUCACAUUCAGGCAACAUUGUUAAUACUACACUGAAAGGUGUUACAGGAACUGCUAGCCCCAGUGUGAUCACCGUUCGACCCCAUCCUCACCAGCAACAAGUUGUUGUACAGUCAGCUCAUGGAAUGGUUACAACACAGGCAGCCAUGUCUCAACCAAUGCAGGUUGUCAAUGUCUCUGCUACUCAAGCAGCUCCACGUUUAGCCAGUGUAGCACACGUCAAGCAAGGGAUUCGUGUAGCUGCACCAAUCAGAAUUGCCCAGCAGCAACCAAACAUUGCUCCCAGACAGCCUGGCCCUACAACAUCCACAGGUACCAUAGCAAUUCCACAUGGAGCAUUACUGAUGCGCAAUGAAGCUGGACAGCUGGUGCUUGUUUCUGCUGGACAACCAGGAGGGACAAUUCAUCCAGGAGGGGUUAUCACCACCACUUCAGUUCCUAUUACUACAACUGGUGGAUUCAAAAUACAACGGCCCUCGGUGGCCCAGACUCCAGCACGACCAACAGGUACCAUCGUUACCAUCCAUCCACCUGGCAGCCAACCACGUGCUCAGCCUGUCAGCUUAACCCAGCCAUCUACUCCAAGAGUCAUCUCCCAGCCAUCUUCAAACAUGCCAUCUCCAGCUAUUGCCCAGCCUCAGCCACCAGUGGUCACAGCAGCAGCAACAACAGCUGUUUCUGCUGCUGGUUCAGAGCAAAACAAGCUUAUGCUGGAAAAUGUGAAAAAAUGUAAAAACUUCCUUUCAACUCUCCUCAAACUGGCGUCUAACCAACCUGCUGAAACAGUGCGCAAUGUGCGAGAUCUCAUACAGGGCCUUAUAGACUCUAAAGUGGAGCCAGAAAAUUUCACAGAGCGACUGCAAUGUGAACUUAAAUCUUCACCACAGCCUUAUCUGGUUCCUUUCCUGAAGAAAAGUCUGCCCAUGCUGAGACAGUCCAUACAGCUGGGAAAGUUGACAAUUGAUGGAAUCAAACCUCCACCUGCUCAGAUCCUAAUGACUCCACCUGUACCUGCUGCCCAUAUUUCUGUACAGAGAACACCCCAAGUUGUCACCCCAGCUGCUGUGCAGACAAAGACCCUGCCACAACCACAAAGACCUCAGAUGCCUGUACCAGCCACCGGGACACAAUCAGCAAACAAAGUGGUUGUGCAGACCCUUCGCCCAACAGCACCAGCUGUAAUGAACACCACCACCUCAACUGCAGCUGCUCCUGCCAGAGCCAAGACAGGAGUGGUAUCUGCAGCCGUGACUGCAGCAUUGCAGGCUCACACACAAAAGGCUGAGGCUGCUGGGCAAGCCUACAGAGAAAAGCGCAAAUUUGAAGCCCUCAAAGAUGAUAACGACGACAUCAACGAUGUUGCAACUAUGGGAGGGGUUAACUUGUCUGAAGAGUCAAAGAACAUACUGGCUACCAAUUCGGAGUUGAUAGGUACGCAGAUCCGAUCCUGCAAAGAUGAGAGUUUUCUUCCUCACUCAGCUCUCAUGGCUCGAAUCACUGCCAUUGCCAAGAAACAUGGUAUAGACGAAGUAUCAGCAGAUGUUGUCAGCAUCAUUUCUCAUGCCACACAGGAGCGGCUACGUACAAUGGUUGCCAAACUGUCCACUAUUGCUGAACAUCGUGUUGAAGUGUAUAAGAUGGAUGGGAGGUAUGAGGCCACAACUGAAGUGAAGUCUCAGUUAAAGUUUCUGGAGGAACUUGACCGGUUAGAGAAAAAGCGCCACGAAGAGCAAGAGCGUGAAAUGCUAUUGCGAGCCAUCAAGAGUCGUUCAAAAAAUGAAGAUCCAGAGCAACUCAAGUUGAAGCAGAAAGCCAAAGAGUUGCAACAGGCAGAAGCUGAAGAAGUGCGGCAGAGAGAUGCUAAUAUGACAGCACUUGCUGCCAUCGGUCCACGCAAAAAACGCAAAUUGGAUUCCGAUGAUUCUGGAUUGAUGAGUGGUUCCAUUGCCAGCACAAUCAGUAAUGGGCCUUCAGCUUCCUCUUCAAGAUCCGUGGUGAUGUCACGACCGCGCAUAAAGCGGGUAAACCUGCGAGACAUGAUUUUUCUUAUGGAACAGGAUCCUACACUUUGCAAGUCUAGCCUCCUUUACCAAACAUUCCUCAAGUGAGUGCCUCCUUCCAUCCGUCCCACCGUUAUCUUCCACACCCUUUGGACGUUGUCCUUGGUGGCCUCAGGCAAAAUACCUUUCUCCAAAUCAAGGAGAGAGCAUCAUUGGCAGUUUUCAUCUUUAUUGGUGAUCCCUGCUUCUCUUGUGGAAGUUGUUUUAAGAGCAGUGCUCACAGGCACUUGUUUGGUUUCUGCAGACUGUAGCAUGUGUGCAGGCUGAACGUGAAAUUGUGAGCAUGGCUUCUUAAAGACAGAGCUUCAGAUGACUGCAGAUGUGAAGAUCGCUGGAUACUUCUUGAUGGAGUUAAUGACUUAGCACCUUUAUUUGGUGAGAGAAAGUCACUGCUUCUGUGUGUGACCCCCCCCCUCCCUACAACCUAUCAUCUGAGCUUCGUGUCAUCACAUACACCAGUGCCUAAUUUUUGUUGACAUGAGCUCAGCAUGUGCAGCUCGAGAACAGAUGAACCUUCUCCAAGGCCUUGCACAUUGCUGUGUUACCUGCAGGAACUGGACAGUGGCUCAGUGAAGGUAUACCAAACAUUUUUCCACACCAGCCAUUGCCAUCAAUUCAAAAUUCUGGGACAAGAAUGCACAUAGCAUUCUGACUUGGCAGCAAGAACACUCUGGACAGGAAUGUGCUUGUCUUGAUACCUGCUGUGCUAUCAGCUGCUCUGCUACUUCACAUGGGAGCCAAGCUAUAUAGCGGCAUUGGAAUUUGCUUUGAAUGGAAACUAAAUGCAGGUUGUGGUUAGGUUACAGGGCUGAGCAAGAGAUAUUUGAGUUUUGCUUAGCCCACAAAGCAGCAGACAAGCUCCAGCCUGAACUAGGCAGUCUGUGUUGGUUUUGUCCAGCUUUGGGAAGCAAAGCAGCAUUUUUGUGCUACACAAUAAAGUGAUCAUUUCUGGUCACAGUUUUGAGAAACGCCCUGCUAAAUUUUAUAUACAUUUUAUAUAUAUUAUGUGACAAUGGAGUACAGCAGUUAUAGCAUGAAGGGACAUGUGGCCAGGGCAGCAUAACACAGAAAUUAGAGACUGGCCAAAGAAGGCAGGACUGCAAUAUCGCCAGGGCAGCACAGGCUAACUGAAAGACAGAAAGGGCAGAAUGAGUAUUGAGUGAAAGUUAGGCAGUGUAAGAAGAUCUGCAACAUUUGAGAGUACACCAAAAAUUGAAUGCAGUGUUUGUAUUCAGUGAAAACUGCACUAGGACAUCACAUAACAUUAAGUUUGUGGAGCUCGGUAUGACAGCUAGUGGUUUUCAGCAAAAUUUUGUUCUGUGGUCAGUCUCGUGCUUCAUUUUUCAUGUCUUCUGUUGGUGCACUUGACUCUGGGAUCUGAACUGACUUUUAUUGGGCGUCAAGAAACACUCAACUUUCAGUACACAUUUUGGAGACCAUCUGGGCUAAACCAAUAUCAGCAUACUGUAAAACCUUGUCGCUGAUGGACAGAAUACAACCCCCAUGCCCCAUGAUAGCUGUUUGAUAUCAAACACCUGACGAAGGGUUUGACCAGCAUGUUCAGGUAUAACAUGGACUGCAGAAGGCCCUUCAAACUUGUAUGUGGUGAAAGUUUGCAUAUACUUUAGUUUUAAAAUAAACUGCCUAAAGUGAGAAUUUCAACUAUAUGAAUACAAAAGAGAAAUUAGCUGGCCAAAUAUGAUGCAAUUAAUUUUUUUUAUAAUACCUGGGUGGGUGGUGGACAAAUGCCCAGUCAUGGAAAUUAUGAACAGAAAAAUUGGAGGUGGAUAGGGUGAGGCUGAAAAGAGAACACAUGGCACAUGCAGAAACGGCAGUUCAUUGUGCUUGGAAACAAAAAGUUGUCAUUUACCUGUCAUAAACUGCCCCAUCCAAAGCUGUGGUAGGAUGAUGUACAUGGUAAUGGCAAUGACAGGGACAUUUGUAAUGACUGCAAGGACAGCAUAGCAGGUCUGUUAUUGUGUUUAUAUAGGAAUCAGGUGAUGAUAAUGACAGUGACAUUUGUAAUGACUCCAAGUACAGCGUAGCAGGUCUGUUAUUGUGUUUGUAUAGGAAUCAGGUACCUUGUAGCAGACUAAGUUCUGUGUUAAAGCAAACCUAUUAUUUCCACAAGGCAGCAAUACGAGGACAUCCUGUCACUCCUGACUGUGCAAGUGCUUGUGUGUCAACUGCUGUAGACUUGGCUAUAUACAAAUAAAUAUUCAAAUGUUCACAUACUACACAGCUUUAGGUAAAUGCAUACCUGUACACAUUCUGUAUACACAGCUGAUUUUUUUCCCCUUACUCUCAUGUCUUACGCUCUGAUUAUAUGGCUUUUAGAUGCCUGCUUGGUAUAAUGCACCGCGCACUUAAUUUCAUCACCACAGGCCAUUGACAUGUAAUAGAACAUCUUUAUGAUUGGAGGAUUUAUUGUGUGUGACACACUGUGUAGUGUGUGGGUUUGGUAUAGAGUAUUUCCAUUAGUCUCUCCUAUUUUUCCAUUUUUCCUGCUCUAUUGGAAGAAUUUGCCACAGCAUUUUUUUUUUGGUACCCUACUUCACAGACUUUGUUAUGUAUCAGGGGAGGUGGUCUGAGUAAGGAGUGUUUGGAGAGGGGGAGUACAAGACUGAUAUAUAUACUAGGGGAGGUGUCUAGGUAAGGAGAGACGAUUGUUUGGAGACACAAGACCAGGGCUUCUGCUAAGGCUAAAUUCUUUGGGGUCCCAGGGACCCCUUCAGAUUUUUUUAGGGGUCCCUGCUCUUUGCCCAAAUUUGAAUGGGACCCCAUCGACAAAAAUUGAAGGGGUCCUCCGAACUUUUAAUGCGUACUGUACGCAAUUUUUUGCGUAAGCAGAAGCCCUGCAUAAGACUAUUGGUCUUCUUUCAAAGUCCUUUUUCUCACUUGUAAUGCCUCUGAUGUCUAACCCAAGAGAAGGGGUGUAGGAUAAUAUAAAAACAAAAUGCAACGUGAGAAUUGAGACAGUUGUAUCAAGCAUCUUUUUGUUUUAAUCCAUUUGCAGAAAAUAAUUUUCUAGGAUCUACACAGUAAUCCAGAAAAGCCAUCAGGACUAUUGCAUCUUACAUGCUUGGGGGAGUGGGGGGUAAUCAAAGAGUGUCUUUUGUGCUUCAUGCAACUUUUUAUUAAGGACUUUAAGGGAACCAGUCUGAUGGCUCAGCAUUUUAAUUUGUUUUAGAAUACUGCAAAGCAUUUGUGCAACCAUACCACCUAUUGCAAUUCGGCAAUUUAUCUUUUUGACUUCGUUAUAUUUUUCUGACCUCAGCAUUACUUUAGCAUAAGUUGGAGUUGUUGAAGUAGACAAAGGCUGCUGGCAGGAUCUGUUCAGUAGGGCAAACACCAAUGGUACAGUGCCCUGGUUCUUAGAGGCUGUAUUUUUUUUAAAAAAAUGUUAUGUAUAGCCAAGUCUGUCAUGGCAUGAGACUCAAAGAGCCCUUGCACAACAGUGUGGUAUUGCAUGUGACACUUGUGCCUUGUUUAGACAAAUAUAUUUUAUGGUACAGAUUGGAAGGUAAAGAAAUGUUGACACCCGCCACCCUUACCCCCAUCUCCUCAAAAAAUAAUGUGGGAAAAGAAAAACUGAGGUAAUGCUACAACAUUCCUUGUCACACAGUCCUCAAAUAAUUCUUUCACUGAAAAUACUACGUUAACAAUAUACAAUAUCAGGGACAACUUUGACUGUUGUCAUUUCAGUGUGAGGCUAGCAGUUGAACUGUUCGUGUGCAUAGAGGCAUGUGGCAGGCACGACUUUAUGGUGAUAUCUGCUUGCAUGAAAUGCACAUAAAGUGUUCUUGUUUGUACUGUAGACUAAAGAUAAAUUAUCAAGAGAAUCUGUCAGUAUUUUGUACAUUGGUUUUGUACUGGCUGUAUAUAUUCUUUUUAACAUUCUUCAUAGAGGAUAAGUUGAUGUUUUUGUACAUGAUGAUUCAAAUUUGUCUUGCAGUAAGAACAGAUGUGUUGAUUGAUGUGUGAAGAAGAUAUGCAUGUGCAGAUGUAUAGAUCUAUAUAAAAAAGUCUUAAUGAGUAUAAAGUUAGUGUGGUGAUAUCAAGCUAUAGUGUGGCUGAUUGUUUUAGUCCACAGCGCUGGAUACUUUUCUAUGCAUAGUAUGAAAUACCUUAAGCAAAACAGCAGGCAUUGUGGUUACUGCAGUUUAGUACCUAAAUGCCGUGGGGUAAGGAUUUCAGAGGGAGGGAUAUUUGUAAUUUUAGACAAUAUGUUAAAUAUCUAGGAAAAUUUGUUUAUGAAGUUUUUCAAGAUAUACAGUGGAAUCUGGAUAAGAGUGGCUCAGUGAAAAUCAUUUUUGAUUUAGCACAGCGAAGGAUUGUUGCAGCCAUAGGUCAACAGUGAUGCAAACAAAACAGGAGUGUCUUAUUCAAGAAUGGUCAGGGUUAGAGCAAGCUUUCUUCCAGCUACAUUCAAAUUGCUAAAUGAGGUAUUACACAUACAUUAUUAUUUCUGAUGAUGUUAUGAAAUUCAGCACAAAUACUUUGGAGUAUUUAUUAGGAUAUUUCUCCUCAUUCACCUGAUUGACUGAUGAGAGAGAGUGCACGGUAAAUUCUCAUAGUCUUGGAUGGCACUUGUAGUAAAUACUGGUGUUGAUUCAGCCAUCUGAUGACUUCAUUUUUAAUGUUAGAAUUAACUAUCCAAAAUAAGUUGCCCAUUACUGCCUUUGUCCCUGUUCCAGGGCGCUCCCACUCUCUUGAAUGUAUUAAAUCAUUGUUUAUCACAUGGUUGGCGGCAGUGUCCCUCCUCCCCCCCCCCCUUUUGCUAUGCAUACACAGCCUGUGUCAGUCAUGUACAGCCAGAGUAAUGGUGCUAGUUCAAGUCACAUUUUCUACUAUCUCAUUCCCACAUAAGUCAGCUGCAGUCUUUUUUCUUUUUUUUUUAAAGUUCUUGGAAACUACCUAUUGGAAUGCUGCGUGAUUCCUUCCUUGGCAGUCACAGCUUUUGUCUUCUUCCACCUCCUGUAUUUGGUUGUUGUUGUGACACAUUAGUAAAACAAGUGAAAACAAGAAUUUGAGGUUGACUUUCUAUUGCAGCUUACCUGUGCCCACUUCUCUCCCUUUCAUAUCAACGCAUGCACACAGGUGCGGGGGUAAGGCAAGAGGCUGAGGCAGUUUCAGCACCAGGGUUAGCUCCCUGUGACAUUGCAUCAGUCUACACUGUUUGCAAACAUUGCUAUUUAAACUUAGCAGAGAGGUGGGUUCAACGCUAGGUAUUUCUCACAGUCAUACUGCACCUGUCUACACUGUUUGCAAACAAUAUUUGAACUAAGCAGAGGAGUUAAUGAGGAAAAGAAAGCUUGUUUGCCAUGUAUGAGAAUUCGCUGUCAAGUUUUUUAAAUGAUAGAAAUGAAAAUUGGCAGAGGGAAUUUUCAUUUUGUUUAAAUAAGAUUUUCUUUAAGCAGGUUUGUCUUGUCUAGAUUCCACUGUACAGUCCAUCCUCAAUUUUUUAUAUUUGGCUUGGAGCUCAAAUACCUCCUGAUAAAGAAAAUAUGGAAAAAUCACAUGUAAUUUAAGCAUAAUAUUAUUUUUAUAUUAGUGGUAGGUUCUCGAAUAGUAUGUACUGCAAUAGCACUUUUGUUAAAAGUAGAUGCUACAUUUAAGCAUGAAAAAAAAAUUAAGCACUUUAAAAAAAAAAAUGUAAGAGAGUGCGAAUGCAUCAAUACAAAGCACUGUUUUGGAAAUGCAAAAAGUUUGUAUUGAGAAUAACAAAGCACUAUUUUUGCAUUAGUAACUGAAUGAAAUAUAUAAUGAACCUGCCUAAUAAAGCCUGUGCUGUAACUUCAGGUAUAGUUUCUUUUUUUAAUGCUUGAAAUUUUUAGUCUUUUAAUCUAAAAUGUUUUUUUAAUGGACAAUAAUAUCAAAAAUUAUUAAAACUGAGGAUGGACUAUUAAUUACAUCUAUCACUGCCAAAUGGAUAUCUGCUUAUAAAACUCCAUACCCACCCUUUACUCAUCUCAUUUUACAGGUCUUUAAAGAUCUACCUAAGCGUUUUUCCCAAAUGAGUCUGACAAGUAUAAUGAGCUCAGUAGCAGGUACUUUCCCAAACUCUCGAGUCAUCAAACCCUCUCUCCCCUGUUGACAUGUCAUCAUCGUUACAGCUUCUCACUGUCAUAGGGUUAGACAAAGUUACAGCAAUCUGCAGCACUUGCACCAUAACCAUAUCCAUAGACAUCUGUGAUGUCACACUUCUCUCCUGUUUUGUGCACGGUGAUGUUGACAGGCUUGUACCUAGAGAACAGAAGAGAGUUGUACACUCAGAUUUUGAGAAAACAGGUGCAUACCAAGCUCAUGUUAUGAUUCUUUUAAAAAUCUAUUUUGGAAACCUUUAAAGAAUAGCCACUGACCCCAUGAUGAUUAUGACAGGAGAGCACGCUGAUGGUCAGAACAUGUGUUGCUAUGGUAGCAAAGGUGGAAAUGAGUUACUUUAUAGUGAUGUUGAUGAAAGUGCUAUUUUCGUGGCAUAAAUUGAAUUACAAAAAUAAAGGUGUUAGAUAAUUGAUUUUUAAAUGCUUGAUAUGAUAAUUCUGAAGCUAAUCAGACUGCUAGUUUACUUCAAUAAAAGUGACAGCAAAAUGCUUAAAAUUUUAAACCUUCAACUGAUAUUCUUAUGUACUUUUAACUGUGAACAUUUGUUAUAAGAUAGAGGCUAUGAUUUGCAGAAGUUAAAGGGGAAAAAAGAUGAAAUGAGAGUUUUGUGAGUGAAAGUUGUACUGUUUUGGGAGCAUCCGGUGCUCUUUUAUAGAGCAGAAUUUGUAUGCAUUUUGAUCAUUUGCUUAUGUACAGCAGCUAGGCCUGUCAACUGAAUUACAAAUGGUUCCAUUUCUGCCAUUAAUAUCAAAGUCUUAAGUAUUGGCUUGAAGAUGAUUCAUCAAAGAAUGUGGAUUGUCAUGUCAGACUUAGAUUGGCAUUUAAUAUCACUUUCAGUAAUGUAGUAUGAAGAUGAAAAAAAAAAAAAUGAUUGUACCAAUUUGUUGGUUAGCAGAAUUCCAGCAGCAGCCAGUAGCCUUAAAUUUGAAGUUCCUGGCUAAAAUGGUUAUCAGGUUAAUGAGGCCUCAUUCUUCCUUCAUUACAAUAUAUGUAGUUGAAAUCAUUGAUGUUUCCACAUCAUUUUUAUGACAAAACAUAUGCAGUAGCUCCAGAACAUGUUUAUCAGGGAAACAGCCUCAGGAAAAUUAGUUGCUGCAUUAUUUUGUUUAGAAAUGCUAAGAUGUUACAGACAUUUUAGAACUGGGGCUCAUUACUGUGCUGGAAAAGGGUGCAUGUUUGUUUUGCUUGACUUUAAGCAUAAAGAAUUGACCCUUCAGUUCAUGCUUUUGAACAGCUCUAAUGAGAAGUUACAGGAAAACAAUUGUAUUAGGAUUGUUGACUGUGAAAACAGUUGGUGUCUUGACUGUGAAAAACAAGUUUGCAUCUUGGCUGCCUGGCUGAGACGAAGCAGCAGCAAAACUGACCAAGGCAAGUUUAUGCAAAACAUUGAGGAAAGAAAAACAGCAUGUGUGUCUUGCAUCACACAGUUCUUGUUCUAUAAAUAAAAGCGUUUAUGGUGUGUAAAUAGCCAUUUUGUCACUUUGACUUGGAGCUUGUACAUAGUGUGAGCAUCGUGUAGACUACACACAUUAUACCUUUCAAGUAAAGGAAUAAAUUAUGUGAUCAUGAGCAGAUUU